AUGGAGGGUCUGGACAGAAGAAAAAGGCUGAGAAGAGGAUUGAAUGAUAAUCAAGUUAUUAUAACUCAACAUUUUACGGAGAGAACUGUGACACCCGGCGGAGAUAUUAGCAUGCAAUGUGCGGCCACAGGCGACAGACCACCGCAAUUCGUAUGGGAACGGGAUGGCAUACUUAUGUCCAGUAAUACUGAUCCCAGAUACGCAUUAGGUCAAUUGAUGACAUCUGACAACUCAGUCGUUGCACAAUUGAAUAUAACAAGAGUCCGAGUUGAAGACGGAGGCUUAUAUUCUUGCACAGCGAAAGAAGGAGAUCAUGUAGCAACUCAUGAGAACAGACUUGAUGUUUAUGGACCGCCUUACAUCCGAUCCCUGCCUCCCGUAAAGAUACAAAGUGGCGAAUCUAUAAAUUUAAGAUGUCCUUUUUAUGGAUAUCCCAUUAGCAAAAUUGAUUGGGAACACAAAGGAAAAACAAUUAAUUCAAACAACCUAUUCCAAAGUCGAUACAAAAGGAAUCAGGUCAAAAAAAGGAAAUCUCGUCGAAGCGUUGUCAAUAUUCACGGUAUCCUAACUAUACCUGAAGUAUCUAAAGAAGAUAAUGGCGCAGUGUAUACGUGUAUAGUUACGUCACCAUCUGGUGAAAUGGCGAGACGCGCAUUUGAAAUACAAGUGAUCGAAGCACCAAUUUUAGAAGAUUUGCUGCUUGGUAAUAAUUUACAGGAAGGUCAGAUUGUAAAUAUUUAUUGCAACGUAAGGAGCGGCGAUCUGCCGAUACAUUUUGAAUGGUUAAAAGACGGAAAGAGAAUCCCGAGUACUUUAAAGGUUGUUGAAAGAAGUUCAGAACUAUUUAGCGCAUUGGUAAUAAAGAAAGUAUCAUUAGAACACUGUGGAACUUACACGUGCGUUGCGUCGAACCACGUCGCUAAAGUUAAUAAGUCUACUGAGCUGUAUAUAAAAGUUGCACCAAAAUGGUUGGAAGAACCUUCAAAUUCAUCGUUACUUCUUGGAAGGAAGGGGACUGUAUCAUGCAGUGCAAGUGGUUAUCCACAACCUCAAGUCCAUUGGAUGAAGAAAGAUGCUCUACUUGGUACUUGGCAACCUGUCCUUGAGCUGGCUGGAGGCGGUAUUCUUAGUCUGCCCAACGGAUCUCUAGUGAUCGAAGAGGUUUCCUUAACAGACGAGGGUCUUUAUUCCUGCAACGUUGAAAACGGAGUGGGCACGCCGCUCAGCAAAACUGUUUGGAUGAGUGUCAACAAGCCUGUUCACUUCGAUACCACAUCGACAAAUGUCACAUCUCGUCUUGGACAUCCUGUUACGCUGGAGUGCCGUGCUUUAGGCGACGACCCGAUCAGAAUUAUUUGGACACACGACGGCAAUACCUUGGAUUCACAGAACCAUAGAAUGAAACAUUCAGAAUCGAAGACAUCCCUCGGAGCGACCAGCACUAUUACUUUCCAGUAUUCAGAAGCAGGCGACGCGGGUUUUUACCAAUGUCGAGCAACCAAUCCUUAUGGUGCAGCGAGUUUCAACAUUUUUCUUACAAUUUUAGAGCCCCCGAGCCCACCGUCGGAGCUCCGUGUGGAGUCAGUGCGCGCGCGGUCAGCUGCUCUAUCAUGGCGUGCAAGAGGCCCUCGUGGCUCGCUUCAGUACGCGCCGACUACGCUCGCACACACAGUCUGGGACCGCGCCAUCAGCAUUAAUGUUACCAGAAAAGACAACGAUGUUCGACAAACCAUCGAGAUACACAACUUAAGACCGGCGACACCUUACGCUGUGCGCGUCGCGACCGCCAAUGAAGUGGGCGUUAGUCGGUACACUGCACCUGUACACUUCACAACACAUGAAGAAGCUCCAUCAACCGCGCCAUCAAGUAUCCAUGUGGAACAGACUGAAAACCCUGGGGAGCUAUUUGUAUCAUGGCUUCCACCACCGAAAGACAGCCAUAAUGGUAUCAUCACUGGUUAUCAUAUCAAAGCCGUGCCUCAGAAUGUUGGAUCAAAGGACAGUGACACCAGGACAUUGAAAGUUACCCAACAGUCUGGAAAGCAAGAGACAACUAUAAGUGGUCUCCUCAAAAAUACUAGAUAUGCAGUAUCAAUAUCAGCCUUUAACAGCGCUGGUUCAGGACCAUUUUCUCUUCCUGUAUUUCAAGAUACUAUGGAAGGAGCACCUGAACAUGCCCCAGCUUCAGUAGAAUGCACAGCGGUAUCUUCCACUUCUCUGAGGGUUGGGUGGCAGCCAAUCGCAAUACACGGACAGGGAAGUUCAUUGAUUGGCUACACGAUCCUAUAUGCUACUGAAGAGAGUGCCUGGCAGAACCAAACGUCGCUUCAUGCGGAACUGUAUCUACAAAGUCUGAUCAAAUACACAAACUAUACAAUCAAAGUUGCUGGCUUUUCAAGUUACGGUGCAGGACCUUUUUCAUAUCCCAUCGUAUGCACAACCUUACAAGAUGUUCCAGACGCACCGGCAGAUAUUAAAGUUCUCAUUCUGUCUCCAACAUCUCUUCUUGUGAAUUGGAAGAAACCAGAACAUCCGAAUGGAGAAUUGAUAUACUAUACAGUCUAUGUGAAACCGACGUCCAGUAAUGGUUCACCACAAACGCUCCGAGUAGACAUGUCUCGAACAACAGCGGAAGUGAAAGAUCUAACAACAGGGAGGACUUAUGAAGCCUGGGUUACGGCGAGCACGAGUGUUGGAGAAGGAUUAGCCAGCAAACGAGUGUCACAAACGCCUUUACAACGAGUGGUGGCAGGCGUUGCUUCUCUCGGCGGCACUAUAUCAGUAGGCGUGGGGUCAUCGCUGCUGCUCGUGUGUCAGUGCGUGGGCGUGCCGCCGCCGCGCACCGUGUGGUACCACAAGCACAACAUCAUCACGCACCACCCGCGCUUCACCAGAAACCAUGACGACAGUCUGCUCAUUAAUAAUAUAGAUCAAUCCCUCAGCGGCAACUAUACGUGUCUAGCGAAGAAUCUCUACGGCUCCGACUCCGUGGAGUAUACAGUCAUAGUGCUGCCUUUACCAGAAGCGCCGGUAUUGCGCGCCACGCCUUAUAAGGACUCGAUCUUAGUUGAGUGGGAACAACCCUACUACUCCGGCAAUAGAAGUUCUGGUCAGAAAAUAACUUACAGUCUAACGUGGAAGGAAGCGAGCGGUCCGUGGCAAGAGGCCUGGUCGCCGAACAAAUUGUCCAACAAGUUGUCGAACUUGUCAGGAGUUCAGAAACACGCGCUAACUGCUCUCAAAUGUGGGACGAAAUAUUCGUUGAGAAUAACUGCUACUAACCGAGUCGGGACUUCACAGCCUGCCUACAUCGAUGUUAGCACUUUGGGGGGACCACCAAUACCACCUGCGACGAACGAAUGGCUCUGGAGCAACUGUUCGCACUUAUUCGUUCAGGGCGCAGGGUGGGAUGACGCGGGCUGUGACCUGCGUACCUUUGACGUGGAGUACCGCCCGUUAGGGGCACGUGCCUGGAUGAGAGCUCACGACGCACUGGCUUACACAGACACGUCAUGGAACAUACCGCUGUACCAGUCAAGUUACCGCGCAAGCUCUUUCGCCAUAUCUGACCUGUCGCCGGGCACAUGGUACCAGGUGCGAAUUACAGUGUCCAACGAGGCCGGCACCAUCACUACUACUUAUAAUUAUGCAACAAAAAAUGAAGACGGGAGCGAAGUUGGUCCGCCGUCUGACCUGUUCGACUUAAAUAUGUUGGUCAUCGUGUUCAGUUCCAUCCUCCUCGCGAUGUGCCUUAUCUGCUGCGUCUACAUUUUGGUUAAGAGACAAAGGCAUGUGAAUUUCACGGAGUAUCGGGAUUCGAUUACCGUCGACAACAAGUCGGAAAGCGGCAACAUGACUGUAAACACUUCGCACAGCAACCUCGCGAACGUUAAGGAGAAUGCGAUCAACGCACAGAAUCGGAUCUACAGCGCGCCCCUACACGUGCGAAACAACAGCAAACAUGAAUUAUACGAAAUAAGUCCAUAUGCACAGUUCGCUGUCGGAUUCCGCACGUUCGGUCACGUGGAAAACCAAGAUAUGCCGAGUCGACACAUGAAACACAGAUAUGACACAGAAACAAGUUUUCAAGUCUGUUCAGAAUCCGAAGACAGUGACAGCAUAUCAAAAUCAACUUUAAAAAGUGUACCAAGAAAAGCCUGCAGGACGCCGCAUCAUAGGUAA